AUGGCCGCCAAAUACGCCGUCUCGUUGAUGGCCCUGCUCGGCGCUGUCAGCGCUCAGAGCUCCAGCUACACCAGCUACACCAACAGCAGCUCUAUCGCUUCUGCUACUUCCUCCUCGGCCAGCCCUCAGUACACUGAUGGCUCUAUGGUCACAGUCGGAGGCGUGACAUACGAAAUUCAGACCGAUACCUCGUUAGUUCAAUGGCACUCUAUCAAAAUUCGACCCCUAACAUCGAUAUAG